CUGCCCGCAGUAUAAAAGUUUCCUUCCGCCUCACAUCUUCUCGUCAAACCCGAUCCGUGGACAAUGGCGAGCGCGCCUGCUGGCGAGGUGCCGUCCCACUUCCUCUGCCCCAUCUCGCUGCAGCUCAUGCGGGAACCCGUCACGCUGCCCACCGGCAUCUCCUACGACCGCGCCGCUAUCUCCCGCUGGCUGGCCGCGCCCGCGCCCGCCGGCGGCCGCACAUGCCCGGUCACGCGCGUGCCGCUCCCGCCGCAGCCCCAGCUGACGCCCAACCACACCCUCCGCCGCCUCAUCCACGCCUGGCUCGCGUCCCUCUCCCCCGAGGCGGAGGUCGACGAGGACGUGGCCGCGCUGCGGAGGCCCGUGCCGGGCGCCGAGGUGGCCGCGCUGCUGUCCCACGCCGCCGCGGCACAGGUUGAGGCGCUCAAGAGGCUGCGGGAGCUGGUGGCCGAGUGCGAGGACAACCGGGCGGUUCUCGAGUCCCAGGACGGGGUGUUCGACGCCUUGUCUCGCGUCGUCAGCAGUGCCGACGCGUGCUCGACGGCGCGCGAGGAGGCGGUCGGGGUGCUCGCGUCGCUGCGGAUCCCGGAGCCGGAGCUGGCCGCCGUCGUGGCCAGGCACAGCAACCUGGGGGAGGCACUCACGGCCGUCCUCCGCUCGUCGAACGUGAAGUCGCGCGCGAACGCCGCUCUGCUCGUUCGGUCCCUCUCGGAAGCGGCCUGGCCGGCCUGGGUGAUCGGGCUGAGCCAGGAGCUUCUCGCCGAGGUUGUCCGCGUGGUCCGCGACCGUGUCUCGACGCAGGCGACCAAGGCAGCGCUGCACGCCCUCGCCGCGCUCUGCCCCUACGGCCGGACCCGCGUCAAGAUCGUGGGCGCGGGCUCGGUGCCGGCGAUCGUGGACCUCCUGCUCGACGACCCCGAGAGGCGUGUCAACGAGGUCGCGCUCGUGGCGCUGGACCGGUUGUGCACGUGCGCCGAGGGUCGCGCUGAGCUGGUCGCGCACGCGGCGGGGCUGGCCGUGGUGGGCAAGAAGGUGCUGAGGGUGUCGGAGGCCGCGAGCGAGCGCGCGGUGCGCGUGCUGCGCUCCGUGGCGCGCCACGCGGCGACGCCUGCCGUGCUGCAGGAGAUGGCGCAGUCCGGCGUCGUGGCCAAGCUCUGCGCGGCGCUGCGGUCCGAGCAGUGCGGGGUGAGGACCAAGGAGAGGGCGCAUGAGGUGCUCAAGCUGCACUCCAGGACCUGGAGGAGCUCGCCCUGCCUGUCUCCAAAAUUUUUGGAGCUCUACCCUUCAUGACCAUGGGGCUUCUUUUUCAGUUUUUCCUGUUGAUUCAUUCUUUUAAUCUAGGCCUCAGAUUGUGCCUGCGGAAGAAGAACACAUCUGAGCUUUGCUUGGUUACCGAAUUAGUGUAGGAUGAUGUAAUCUUCUUGAUCAUCUGUUCAGUUCGGCGCACCUGAUUUGUGCCAAGAUGUUUAGACGGAGAAUAUUUUUCGUAUUCACUGAACGAAGAAUCAAGUACUGAUAAAAUCAAGGAAGGAGUCGCAGAAUGAAAAUGGAAAAGCUAAAUCAUACUCGAGCA